CGCAGAUUCUUUGGCAGGAAAGCUUGUCAUACAAUACUCAAGCACCUCACCUAGAGGAACCCAAACUGCCUCAAUUCAGAUGUGUCCAUAGAGGCACCCAGAAACACAUGCGAAUCUCUCCCAGCAUGCCCUGAAUUGAUGCACUAAGCAGCUUCCCAACAACUUCCCUGUAGUUCUCUAGUUCCCACCCUGCCCCCCCUUGUCCUGCUUUCAGGGGCCUGCACGUGACAAGCGGGAGCCAUAGAAGGAGAGUUACUUGGCUGUCAGAGGCGGGACCCCACCUGAUCAGUGAAUUUGUUUAAAGGACAGUUUUGCUCAGCAAGCAGCGCCGCCGCAUCCUUUAGGGACCAUACUGUAGCAGUGCAGCGCUGCACAUGCGCACCAGCAACUUCCUCUCCUGGCAACAGCAGCAUCAGCACCAGCCCAGGGGAGGGGCAUUAUCAUCAUCAGCAGCAGCAGCAGGAGCAUCAUCGCUCUGUGUUGCAUAGAGUAGGCACCGCGAAAAGGCAGCCUGCGCUUCCGUCAUGCGCUAAGGGGGAGGUGCAAGGUGCAUAAAAAAAUAGGCAAGAGAGAAGCAGACGGGUGGUUACUGCUGGAUGAGGAAACAGGUGCUGCAGAGCAGCUGAGGGUAAAGGAGGGAUUCAGAUGGCAAGUAGAUAACCUCUGGUGGGGUUUUCGAGCCCCCUUGCUGUACAGGAGAGGAGUUUUCAAAUGAAGCGCUCGUCGGUACAAGAUAAAGACUGAGCGUUGCCGCCUCUGCUGCGAUAUCCCGGUCCUGCAGAGCUAUGAGCUAUGGAGGAGGCAGGCAGCUCCCUGCGGCAUCCCCGUCCCACCUCCUCUGUGCUUCUCCUAAGAGCCCCCGUCUCCUGUCCUGCUCUCUUCCACCUUCUCUGUCUCCUGCUGCUGCUGUCCUGCCCCCAGCCCUGGGGAGCUCUUUCUACACACACAGCAUUGCACAGGAAUGAGACUGCAGACGGCACCACUGGUGCAUUAGCAGAGGAAGACCAGGCAUCCCACAAUAACAAUAGCAGAAGUGAUAGCAGCAGCCACAGUCGGAAUAAUGCAAUACAGAAAGAAAUUACGAUGCCCUCAAGAUUGGUAUAUUAUAUUAACAAAGAAUCUGAGAGCCCAUAUCAUAUUCUGGAUACUAAGGCAAGAGAUCAAAAGAGGCAUAACAAGGCUGUACAUCUUGCCCAGGCAAGUUUCCAGAUAGAGGCCUUUGGCUCCACAUUUAUCCUUGAUCUGACGCUAAACAGUGGCUUAUUAUCCUUGGACUACUCGGAAAUUGAAUUUAAUGAUGGGAAACCGAAAUUAACUAAGGGAGGAGAACAUUGCUACUACCAUGGAACAAUCAGAGGGGUCAACAACUCAAGAGUGGCUAUUUCCACAUGCAAUGGUUUACAUGGGAUUUUCGAUGAUGGAACCCAUACUUAUACAAUACAUCCAGUGGAUAUAACUCACAGUUCUAAAAGCACAAGUCGGCCACAUAUAAUUGAAAGAACUGCAGGGUCCCAAAUAUCUGUUCACCCAGAAGGUUUUGAAUCAGAAGGAAAAGUCAACAGCCAGAAGACACCCUUUGUACAAACAGAGUGGCUACGAAGGAGGAGGAAAAGAGCUCUACCUGCACCUCGUGGGAUUUUUGAGGAGAUGAAAUAUGUCGAACUUAUGAUUGUAAAUGACCAUCAAAUGUACAAGAAACACCGUUCUUCUCAUAUGUACACAAAUAACUUUGCCAAAUCUGUUGUGAACCUUGUGGAUUCUGUUUACAAGGAGCAGCUGAAUACACGAGUGGUUUUAGUGGCUGUGGAAACAUGGACAGAUAAGGAUCGUAUUCCCAUUGGUGCAGACCCUAUAAAAAUGCUCCAUGACUUCUCUAAAUAUCGACAGCAUCAUAUCAAACAGCAUGCUGACGCAGUACAUCUACUCUCGAAUGGGACAUUUCACUAUAAAAGAAGCAGUAUGAGCUACUUUGGGGGAAUAUGUUCUAUAACUAGAGGAGUUGGCGUUAAUGAGUAUGGAAUCUUAUUGUCCAUGGCACAGCAACUGGCCCAGAGUCUAGCACAAAAUCUUGGUAUCCAGUGGGAGCCAGCUUCUCGUAAAUCAAAAUGUGACUGCACAGAGAACUUUGGGGGAUGCGUUAUGGAGGAGACAGGAGUGUACCAUUCCCGGAGGUUUUCCAAGUGUAGCAUUGCAGAAUACAAGGAAUUCCUCAACCGUGGAGGGGGUUCCUGUCUCUUUAAUAGACCAACCAAGUUAUUUGAAGUGACAGAAUGUGGGAAUGGUUAUGUGGAGGCAGGAGAAGAAUGUGACUGUGGCUUCAGAAUGGACUGUUUUGGAGACUGCUGCAAGAAAUGCUCUCUAUCAAAUGGAGCACACUGCAGUGAUGGGCCUUGCUGUAACACUUCAUGCCUGUUCCUGCCACGAGAAUAUGACUGUCGAUAUGCUGUUAAUGAAUGUGAUAUUACCGAACACUGCACAGGAGACUCUGGUCAGUGCCCACCUAACCUUAGGAAACAAGAUGGAUAUGCCUGUGAUUCCAACCAGGGUCGGUGCUACAAUGGGGAAUGCAAAACAAGGGAUAAUCAGUGCAAACACAUCUGGGGAAGCAAAGCAGGUGGCUCAGACAAAUUCUGUUAUGAAAAGCUGAACACAGAAGGCACAGAGAAAGGUAACUGCGGGAAAGAUGGUGACCGUUGGAUUCAGUGCAGCAAACAUGAUGUUUUCUGUGGAUUUCUACUUUGUGCAAAUGUAUCAAAAUCUCCUCGUAUUGGUAAAUUAGAAGGUGACAUACCGCCGACAUACAUUAAUCAUCAAGGAAGAAUUGUAGACUGCAGUGGUGCUCAUGUAAUAUUAGACGAUGAGACUGAUAUGGGGUAUGUAGAAGAUGGGGCUCCUUGUGGACCAUCUAUGAUGUGCUUAGACAAGAAGUGCCUACCAAUUCAUUCACUCAACAUCAGCAACUGUCCCUUGGGUUCCAAUGAAAAAGUCUGCUCUGGACAUGGGGUCUGUAGCAAUGAAGUCACUUGUAUUUGCAGUUCCACUUGGGCAGGGACAGACUGCAGCAUUUACGACCCAAUAAAAGAACCGAUAAUCAAAAAAGAAGACUUACCAAAGGUGAGCAUGGCCACUAACAGACUUAUAGGUGCAGUAGCAGGGACCAUUCUGGCUCUUGGGGUGAUAUUUGGAGGCACAGGGUGGGGAAUAGAAAAUGUCAAAAAGCGAAGAUACGAUCCAUCACAAUCAGGAAUAUGAACAUAUGCAGCUGGACAUUUUCUUCCUGCAAUUCUGGCAAAUUGGUAGGAUGGACACAGAGCACUUCGAUAAAAAUACCCAUUACAUCCAUUACAAUCUGCGAAAUGCUAAUAAACAUCAAGUGCUUCUUGGGUUUAUACAAUGGAGAUUUGAAGUAAUAUACACAUCGUUUUUUUCCAGAAUAUUAGAAAAAAACUCACAAGCAAAGUGUUUCCUUGAAAUCAAAUCCAGCCUACAGAAAAUAUUGUUUUUGAUUAAUUAAAGGAAAUUUGAGUGCAAUAGCUUUUUAAACAAAACUUAGGCAAGUAUAAAAACUACAUUUUGCAGGAUUGCUUUUUGGCACCAAAUGAGCAUCUCCAAACUUUGUCAUGACUUUUACCUUUUUUUACUGUUUACUGAUAAAAUCCAGUAGCAUGAAAUUUUGAAAGGGAUAAAACUGCAUGGCACAUUGCUACAAAAACAAGGAUGAAAAAAUUUAGUCAACCUUCAAGAAUGAAGAAUGCAAGUUGGGACCCUUAUGAAGCGAUUGAAAAAGUAACAAACUAAAUGUGCAUUGCUGUCAUCUCUUAAGAUUCAGGGAACAACUGAGGCACUGAGCAGCUAAGGCCCUGAAACUCGCACUCUUCCGUAAUCCAAGCCAUGAGAGAUGAAAUUCUAAAAUGAUCAACUUGUUAAGGACUUGUAUAUAUGAAAAUUCUUGUAGGUGGAUGUUGGAAGGGAUUUUCUGACAGCAAAAUCUUUAUGUAAUGUAAAAACAGAAAAUGUAAAAAAAAGGGUUUUCAUAUAUAUAUAUAUAUGAGUUUUUUGCCCCUUCACUUUUUCUAGCAUGUAGAGUAGGCACGCUGCUGGGCUUGCAAACAUUACUAAGGCAGACUGAGCAUGUAAAUGCAGGAAAUUUUGGCACAAAACAAGUGUAAUGAGGUUUGUAUGCUUGAAACCAAAAAAGACACAUUUAAGUAUAUAAUGUAAAUUGAUAUGUAUUUAAGAAUUUUAAAAUUAACUUUUUUUUUCGUUGCUGCCGUGAGAGUUCCUGUACAUAAUGUAUGAAAAUAGAAAACUUGCUACAUACUCAAAUUAUUCACUAAAGUGCCAAGCUUAUAUAUAUAUAUUUCUUUUUUUAUGUUCAUUUCUCACAUGCAUGUAAAUACUGUAUGUAUCUUUUAGGAAUACAUUGUUUUAUUUUAGGUAAGUUGGUGUAUCUGUGUAUACACAAUAUUUUCUCUUACUUCUUCAUAUUUAUAAGUUAAAAAUGUAUUUAUUAGUAAAAACCUAUUUUGAAAAUGCUGCAUCUUACAGACAGACAUAUUGUCUGGAACGUUCUACACAUAAUUAAGUCUAUGCCAUUUUUAAACUUUCAUCCUAAGUCUACUCCUUCCUUACAGUGUAUGUAUAGAAGAUAUUUUUAUUCUUUGUUUAGGGAUCAUCCUAUCAGUCCAAUUCUGAUUUCUGAAUUGAAUUUUAUGCCACUUUGUUUUGUUCAGAUGUUCUCAAAUGUUUAAAUUGGCUUUUGGUAUACAUAUCAGUAGCACCUGAGUUUAACAGAAUUGUGGUGGUAUUUAAAGAAUCUGUUUAAUAUACUGUACACACCGACAUAUUAUGUAUAAAAACAGCAAUGUUUUUGGAUCAGUGCCUAAAGCAAACGGACAGAGUAAAAAAACAAACAAACAGAAAUAGAGAAUAUGGUGUAGUAAUUCUGGUUCUUUCUGGAACACCCGGUGUUUGGAGAGAUGAAGCUAAUUUUUAUGUGGACUUCCCUUUAAAACAAACUUUCUUCCAGUGCCAUGGAUAUUUAACUUUACGUGCUUUCCAAACCAACUUUGGCUAAACUGCCUACUUACAAGAGGACAGUAACUGGGUUAUCACAUGUAGUAAUGGUAAUCAAAUUUCCUUCUCUUUUUGUUUUUUUUUUUUACUCUCUCCGUUUGCUUUAGGCGCUAAUCCAAAAACAUUGCUGUUUUUAUACAUAAUAUUUCUCUAUGCAGUUGAGAGACUGAAAAGGAGUGGUAGGAGAAAGUUUCUCUAAAUGACUACUAUAUUCCCAAUUGUUAUUGUAUUUUAUUGUUGUAUUACACACCAACAUAUACAGUUGACAGACAUAGGUCUGGCUGACAUUUUGCCCUUACUCUAGCAUACUAAGAGGAAUUCAGUAAUAUUCAGUAGUGUCCUGCUUAGGGCUUGAUUAAUUGAAAAUGGUUACUUACAGCUGCACUUUUGCAAUACACAUUGUAAUUGUAAAAGGCAGACAACAUUAUUGGUAUUACAUUUAUUUAUAAAAUUUGGCUAUAUACUGAUUGUGUGAUAUAAUACUAUAAUUUAGUAAUUUAAAACCAUAGCCUUUGUUAAGCAGAUCCAUCACCUGAUAAAAUCUACCUUUCUUUAGUCAUAAAUUCUAAAAACUCUUUUAGGCUUUACUAGCAUUACAUAAACCUAUGAUAGUGGCAUAUUUGGAAUUCAAUGGUAUGUCAUUUGUUCAGAUUAGUCAGAGGAAAGCCCAUCCCAGUAAUAAAAAAUACGGAAUGGAUGGAUCUGUGCAAUCAGAUAUGUUAAGGGUAGAUCAGAGUAUUCAGAUCUGUAGUCACAUUCAUCCUCAUGGAAAUGUAAUGCACAUGCAAUUACCCUGUUUGGGCUAGCUACACUUAUACAGAGAAAAUCUAAUUUUGCAUGCUAAUCCACCCCAGGAGGAACUGAAAUAGGUGGGGGAUGGAAAGGGCAUUUUGAUUACUUUCACCCAAUUUCGAUUACAAGUGCAUGGCACAAACAAGUGGAUGGCUGAUGAAUUUGAUAUAUAAAUGGAUUAAAACCUGUAAUAUAAACUGAUCUUUAAAGGACAAGUAAAGUGAAAUUCACCAGUGUGUUAGUUACCGCCCCAGUCAAUAUAACUAACCAUGGACCAGUGGUCCUGUACCCUGAAAAGUGCACCGGCCAGGGUACUUUUCCUGCCACACUGUGCUGUCAUCCUUCCCCAUGUCCCAGACAUCUUCUGCCCUGUUCUGAUAGCUUUCAUAUGCAGUACAGUGAAAUUUGCAACAGUAAAGUUAAAAAUGUUAGUCUGCUGUGUCCAGGACACCAAUGAUAAUCGCUGCCAGUUUGUUCUUUUUUUUGUAUUGUACUAAUACUGUACAACAAACUCUUGAAUGUGCAGUGUUAGAAUUGAACUCUUAUCAAUUUUACAUAUACUUAUUUUAAAGGUUUACUUAUCCUUUAAGUAUAUUUUAACAUAUUGCAAUUUUUAUCUGAUUUGAUAAAUCCAUUAACUUGUUAAACGCUUUCCUGAUUGUUGGGAAAAUUUUCUUGGUAGUUAGUAUUAGGAAGUCGGUAAAGGGUUUAAUAACAGUAGAAAAAUUAUCCAGGCUUUCCCUGGUUUUAAUUUUAGCAAAUAUACCCAUAAGUGGCACCAAAUCUUCUGCACCACAUUUGAAAAUACAUUAUAAUUAAAAAGUAAAAAAUUGUGUAAAAGGCCAUGCAAGUCUAGUAAACUUCCAUGGAAACCUGUGUAGUUAUUCAAAUGAAGUUAGUAUUUUACAUAUUAUUCCCCUUUGCAAAGUCCAUUGAAUUUAAUUAAACAUUUUUACACAUCAAUAGAAUUCCAUGGAUGAAAUUCCACUGAUUGUAAAAGUUUUGCUUAAAUUCCUAUGUAAGUUCCACAUACACACUUUUAUAAAUAGCACACCCUAAGCCUUUAAAUAGGGAAUAUACGCAAAAGGGGAACUCGACAUUGGUUUAAAAACUGCAGCUACAUAAUUAUAGUUAAAUUCACAGUAAACUGUUCACUUUUUAGAGCAUAAAAUUAAAUGCAGAUAUAACUAUAUCUCUUAGUGUAGUUGUUGGGGGCAUUAUAGUGAUAAGUAUCAUUCUCCCAAUUUUCGAUGGUCUUUUGAAUUUAUUUAUAAAAGAUGACUAUCAUUAAAAGUUACAGAAUAUGGAAACUGUUCAGUGGAAGACUGGAAGAAUUCUAGCAAAAGGAAUGAUUAAACAGAUUGUUUACCAUUAAAUUAAUGUUUUAGUAUGCUGAUAUUCUGAGACCAUUUGCAGUUGUUUUUCUUUUUUAUUAUUUGUAGUUUUUCAGUAAUUAUCUUUUGUUCAGCAACUUUGCAGUUUAGAAUUUUAGCAGCUAUCAGUUUCUAGGGUCUUGUUUACCUUGGAACCAGGUAGUGGUUUUAAUGAGAGACUAGAUUAUUAAU